CCCAUGCGAUGCUUACGUACGCCUCCUUGCCGUCGCAGACAUCCCCCGUAUGGUAUGGGGUUGGAUUUCAUUUAAAAACAAAAUUAGAAAAGGAAAUUUCCACCAAUUACGACCUGGGAAGGAGGAGCCCAGCGUGGACGGAGAGGAAGAGGGAAUUUGGAUUUGGAGGGCUGAAGCACUAAUAAGAAGGGACUGGGAGUCUCGGAGUGUCUGGGAGUCAGUCCGGGUGGAAAAGGAACGGUACCGCACAGAUCCCGGAUCUACUAUUUCUUGCUGUUUCUUCUCCUCUCGCCUGUGUUUCCCUCGGAUUUGAAGAUCCGAUCUGGGCAUCUGCUGUUUCCUGGCUCCUUUCUUCCUCCCUCCCCGCAAUCUCUUCCUUUUCGUUUUCUCUCACUCAGAUUUCUUUUUUCGAGUUCAUUUGAAAGAGAGAGACAGAAAGAGGAGGAAUGGAGGGUGAUAAGAAAUCCUCGUCCGUAUCGGAUGUUGGGGCGUGGGCGAUGAAUAUUAUCAGCUCAGUCGGGAUAAUCAUGGCCAACAAGCAGCUCAUGUCUGCCAAUGGCUAUGCCUUCACUUUCGCAACAACUUUGACUGGGUUCCACUUUGCGGUAACUGCAUUGGUUGGUCUGGUCUCAAAUGCCACUGGUUAUUCUUCAUCAAAGCAUGUUCCUUUGUGGGAGCUCUUUUGGUUUUCUAUUGUUGCAAAUACGUCUAUCACGGGGAUGAACCUUAGUCUAAUGUUGAACUCAGUGGGAUUCUACCAAAUCUCAAAACUCAGUAUGAUCCCUGUGGUUUGUGUGAUGGAGUGGAUCCUUCAUAACAAGCAUUACUCAAGAGAAGUGAAAAUUGCUGUUGUUGUAGUAGUAAUUGGUGUGGGAGUUUGCACUGUUACUGAUGUAAAAGUUAAUCUCAAAGGGUUUUUAUGUGCAUGCAUCGCCGUUUUAUCAACAUCUUUGCAGCAAAUUACUAUAGGUUCACUACAAAAGAAGUACUCCAUUGGAUCUUUUGAAUUGCUGAGCAAGACAGCGCCUAUUCAAGCCCUCUCUCUCCUGGUUCUCGGUCCGUUUAUUGAUUACUACCUUAGUGACAAAUCUCUACUGAACUAUAAAAUGUCUUCUGGUGCCAUUUUGUUCAUCCUCCUUUCAUGCGCUCUUGCUGUGUUCUGCAAUGUCAGUCAAUACCUGUGCAUUGGGCGUUUCUCAGCUGUCUCCUUCCAGGUGUUAGGUCACAUGAAAACAGUAUGUGUUCUCACAUUGGGGUGGCUGAUCUUUGAUUCAGAACUGACUUUGAAAAAUAUAUCAGGCAUGAUUUUAGCAGUUGUUGGUAUGGUCAUUUAUAGUUGGGCUGUGGAGGUCGAAAAGCAAUCUAGUAUGAAGGCUUAUAUCAAUGUGAAAAAUAGCCUGACGGAAGAGGAAAUUAGACUUCUGAAGGGAGGAGUGGAAUCCAAUCCUGUUAAGGAUAUUGAACUUGGUGAGACUAAAGGAUAAAUUCACCUUGUUCUUUAGGUCAUUGCAUUGUUUAUGUUAUGUCUAGAGUCUAGAUUUAGACUUAUCCAUAUCCUGAUCCUUGAACCGAUCAAUUUUAGAUAUUAUAUGCCCUUGUAGGAACCUUGCCCGUCCAAUUAUAUUUUUCUUGUUUACAUUCAUAUUUAUUCGUAUAUAUGUAUGUGUUUAAUUUUUUCUUCCUAUCAUUUAUGGUUUGAGGCUAGUUGUAAGACCACGAAGUGUCAUUUGUAAGUGGAGAAUUUUUAUUUAUAUGAAUGGAGGGAGACUAUAUUUGAGCUA